AUGAACUACGAUCCAUAUACUGACGAAGAUCCCGAGUAUCGCAAUACUCCCUUAGCUUCUCCAAUUCCUCGUCCUACACGCGAAACAUGUCCUCCUUUACAGUCCCACCAACAUAGAUCAGAUCCAUAUCAACAAAAUUAUCCUGGUCAUAAUAGUUAUCAUUCUGCAUCUCAGAUUUCUUCUACUCAUUCUAUGCAUAUGGAUACUUCUCCAAAUGACCUUUCAAAUCGACAAAUUGCACCUCAAAUCGAGAUUCAAAAACAAAGUGCUAAUUUUUUGUCUUGCGGAAUUCCUUAUGAAGAAGGAAAAUCUAUUAAUGGUCUAAAAAUUGUAGUAGGACCUAUUAUUGAACCAGAUUAUAACCAAUUUUGUAAUAAGGAUGUCGUGCAGUUACUUAUCGAUAAAAAGAAAGAACUUAAGAAUAUUCCAUAUGAAAAAUUUACGUCCGCUCGUGGAAAAUCUAAUCUUUAUGAAAAAGUUGGUCAAUCGAUUUUCAUGAAUCGUUCCGCUUCUAAAUUAGCAUGUUUAGAUGCAUUGGUCAAUUUUACUGGUGUAAAAAGAUAUGAUCCAGUAAAAGAUUUGGCUUACGGUUGGGGCAUUACUUUGACUGGUGAUCAAGAUUACGAUUUAGAUAGAUUCAGACAAGAUACUAUGGUUCGUGAAUGUUUUAAACCUUGUUAUGGUGCGGAUGGUACAGGUAAUCUUUAUAAGGAGGAAAAUAUUCGACAUUUUGCAAAUGAAGUUAUUAAGGGAACUAAAAAUGAAGGUGCUGACUUUGUUACUGCUGAUGGGGAACAUCAUUUAAAACAACUUAUAUUAUGUCAGAUAAUCGCAAUGUUUAUGACCUUAAAAAAGAAUGGUGAUUUCGUUUUAAAAUUAUUUGACGUUUUCACUCCUUUUACUGCUGGGAUGGUAUGGAUCUUAUAUCGCCAUUUUGAAAAAAUAUGUAUUAUUAAGCCCCUACCAAGUCGACCUGCAAAUUCUGAACGAUACAUAAUUUGUCGUAAUUUACGGGAACGUAAUCCUCAAAUUGUUAAUUUUCUCUUUGAAGUUAACAAAAAGUUUAAUGAAAUAAAAUCUUCCUCUGGAGGAUCACAAGACGUCAAUGAAGUUGUAGAUUUUAAUGAAAUGAGUAAUGACGAAGAUUUUAUCGAUUAUUUAAAAAUGAGCAAUAUGAAAAUUGCAAUUAAACAGUCUGAGGCUCUUGAUGAGUUAUUAAAAUAUAAUUCUAAUCCGGAAUUAAGAUCACCUGAUCAAGAAGAAUAUCGAAGACUUUGUUUUUUGGAAUGGGGUUUGCCAAUUGAAGAGUAA